GAUACAAAGACAACGAAAAUUGGCGAAAAGAAAAGAUGGAUCCACGAUCCUUCAAGUGAUUUAUGUCGGCCUCUCAAUUGCAAAAAGAAGGAGAUGUGUUUAUUAGAAGACGCCUUUACAGCGGUUUGUGUAUCAAAAAAAGAACUUCAAAAAAAUGGAGACGUUGUGGUUCCGAAGUCGAUGUUAAACUCAGAAGAAUCUGGUAAACGUCGAGAACGUCAAGACUCCAGAGAUGAAGAUGCAGAUGAUGACGUUUUUUAUGAUACAGAAGAGGAUCCAGAUGAUGAUACAGAUGAGGAUCUUAAUGAUUCAUUGGCAUGUAAGCCAUGUCCUGUGGUAAAACCAACAUUCUUAUGCGGAGCUGACAAUCGAACAUACAGCUCGCUUUGUAGGUUAGAUUACCACAACUGCAUUCACCACACAUCCAUAAAGGUUACUUGCAAAGGUUUUUGUCCGUGUAAAGAAAAUGAGACUCACUUACGAAAGAAACUAAGGCAAUCUGAAAGACUCAAUUCCUUUAUGAACAAGUACAAGUCAACAUUAGAUAAAAAGGGAACUGUAGGUGCAUCUUUAAGUGGGGAAAAGACGGUACAAACUCCACCCCGUUCUGAUAAAUACACAUUUACUCCACAAGAUUUUAAAUACGACAACAAGCACUACAAGUAUAUAAAGUAUACCAAAUAUAAUAAGGACAAUAAUCUGCUAUAUGCAGAGGACAAGGAAAGGCUUCGUGGAUACAAUGACGUUAUUGAUAACAAAAUAUACAGUAAUUCAUUAGGAACACUGAUUCCUGCAACACCACCAGCGAAACAAUGUUCACCUGCUGCACUGCAAGCUAUGGGCAAUCGUCUUUUGGAUUGGUUUUCAGUAGUCAUGACGGACACCUCCAAAAGAAGAAGAAGCCACACUAAAUCAAAAAAUAAAUCACUGACUCAUUUUCCUUCACUGUGCAAAGUUGAGGUCCGAUGGAUGUUCCAACACUUGGAUGUUAACGGCGACGGACGCCUUUCAUUACAAGAGCUUUACGACUUGGAGCACGAUCAGAGCGAACUUUGCCUGCAACCUUUCUUGCAGCAAUGCGAUUCCGAUCAUGAUUUAAACGUAACCCCUUCCGAAUGGUGUCGGUGCUAUCAACGAACGGAACGCCCUUGUGCGGCAGUAAAACGUAAAAUUACUGCCGAAUUACAAGGAGUGUAUGUACCUGACUGUGAUAGCCAAGGUUACUAUCGACCUACUCAAUGCCACAAUGCUAUUGGAAUGUGUUGGUGUGUUGACAAGCAUGGGGUAGAAUUUGCGAAUACGCGCACACAUGCUAAACCUAAUUGCGACACACUUUUGAAUAAAGCAAACGAUAUUUUGAAACCAAUAACCAAUAAUGCAAAUAAUCACAGUGAUGACGAAGACGAUUCGGAUCAAGAUGUCGAAGGGAGCGCUGAUCAUCCGGCGGAUUAUUAACUUUCCUGCCUAAAAUUCAACUACCAAUUAUAUCUCAGUUGAUUUUUGCCAUUAAUUUUUUAUGCUUACAUUAAAUCAUUCUAGGAUGAAUCUGUAUAAAGUCCUGUGUUGACAUUAUGGCUGAAUCGUAAAUGUAGGCGUAAGAUGUGUAAGUGUAGAUUGCAUUGAACUUUUUUUAAGUAUAGCUUUAUAUAUAAAGAAAACACAAACAUUCCAUAGAUGCCAUAAGAUAUACUGUUAUAUUCGUUAUUUAUAAUAGUCAUAGUUUUAUUUCCUAUUAACAAGUAUGCACAUGUUUCUUUGUAUUUUCGUAUUGUAAAUACUAAUAUGUUCAUGUUUAUAAUUAUUUUUCUUAAGACAAAUGUAUAAAUUUUAGGUAGGUGUGUAUUGCUGUGUUGACACUUAGAAGUAUUAGGGAAUCGACUCUUGCAGCUUAUUCAUGUUCGUGAAGUCUUUAUAGCAAAAUAAUACUAAUUAUGCAUUUAUGUAAUAGAAAUAUUAUCGUUGUUACAUUUAGAUAUUAUUUAUGUGAUUUUGAUGUCUGUAUACAAUAUUUUUAUUAGCUAUUAGUAGAUUUAUAAAUUUAAUAAUGACCUUUAGUGUUUAAUCAAAAAGUAAUAUUAAUGUAUAUAAUGCAGGAAAAGACUAAUAUUUAAUUUUUUAUUAUUGUUUUAUUAACAUUUAUACAUAUGUAUUAAAUUUGUACCGUAAUCAAACUUUCGUGGGUUAAAUCCAACAAUUAAAAUAAUACCAUAUUCCAGUGUAAUUUAAAAAAAUCAAAAACAUA